CAGAAACACCUGCAGGUGAAGGACUCUGUACCUGAGAGGCGCGAGAGGAGUGAAGACUAAAGCAGCAUUACUGAAGUCAACAACACAGAGAAACUGACAGAAUGUGAACGACUGAGUGUGUGGAGAGGAAUGGAGGCAGUUUUAGCGAUCGCGCUGUGUUUGAUCUCCACAGGAGCGACAGUGUCAUCUGUUACACGACUGCCUGAGCCACGAAAUGUCCACUUCUCCUCCGUCAACCUGAGGAACAUAGUGACGUGGACGCCCGGAGAAGGAUCUCCUGAUGGGACCGUCUACUCUGUGGAGUAUGCCAUAUACGGGGAUGCGGAGGGGAGCGGCAGUGAGCAGGUGCGAUGGAGGCGUGUGAAUCAGUGCAGCUCCAUCACACAGAGCGAAUGCGACGUGUCUCAGGAGACCUUUGACCUGCACGAGGAGUACUACGCCAGAGUCAGAGCCGUCGGCGCUCGUGCACGGUCCCUCUGGAGCGAGAGCUCACACAGAUUCAGACCCAUGACCGACACGGUUCUCGGAGCGCCGCUGGUGGAAGUGAACGUGAAGCAGAACUACAUGAACGUCACGAUAAUGGGGCCCUUCAGAUGGAGAACUAAGAGGACAAAAAAAGACAAGUCACUCUGGAAGAUCUUCCCACACAUGAUCUAUAAUGUCUCUGUGUUCAACAGCAGGAGCAAUCACACGAAUCACAUGCGUCUCAAGAACGGGAGCUUGAGGCUUGGGCCUCUAGAGUUUUCCACACAGAUCUGCGUGACGGCUCAUGCCGAAUCCCAGUCUCUCCCGCUGGCCUUCAAACGCAGCGAGCGGCUGUGCAUCGAGACUCCCAAAGAUCCGUUCGGAGAUCAGCUGCUGGCUGCCAUGCUGGGAGGAGUGCUGCCGUCUGCGCUGUGUCUGUGUGUGCUGGCUGUGCUCGGAGGACUCGUCCACUGCUACAUCACGGACCACCGGCAGACGCUGCCCAAGAGCGCUCAUGUGGCUCGAAUGAGCGAGAAUCUACAAACCUUCCAACCUGAAAUGCCUUCAACAAUCAUCUUUAACGUGUUUAAAUCAGAUCGGUGUGGAGAUGAGUGGUCUCCGCUCUGUCCCGCGGAUCUGCCACAGCUCUGCUCUGCUGAAGACUCGCCCGCGGCCGAAGCUGAGGCUCAGAACGCCGUGCCGGAGCCGCCCGUGUCUUACGCGCAGCAGCACGCGCCGCCGCCGGCCGGAUCCGGAGCUCAGGCCGAAGACUCGGAGAGCGAGGACUCGGAGCAGGAGCCGCUUCACAGCGAGGCUGGAGAUUACGGCAUCGUGGUGCCGGCCUCUUUCGACGCUCCGGGCCAGAGUCAGGCCGAGGUCAGCCCGUACAGGACACAAGGCCACGCGAUAGACUCCGGAGCGCCUGAGGACGCCUGCGAGGAUGAGCAGAACGACGAUGAAGAGGAAGCACAGAUCUUUUUGGACUGGAGCCCAGAGACUCGAGAGCUGAAGAUCCCUCUGAUGAGUAUGCUGGGUCUAGAGGACGAGACGCAGAUCCAGACCAAAGCGGUCUCACUCCUGCCUAACCUGAUCCUGAGACAGGCCUCGCAGGAAGUCUCUGAGCAGGAGGAUGACUUCACCAAGAUGGAGCGAGACUGGGGCCUUAUAAUCCACUCCAACUCCUGAAAGAAUAUGAAGAAGACUUUAUCCUGUACACUUGCCAUUUGCCAUGUCCACUUUUAAAGUCACCAUGAAACCAAAAAUUUACAGUUUAUACUAAAUGAUUCAUCAUUUUUUAUGUUCCUCAUAAUCUUGAAUCAGAAUAUCUUUCUCUUGCAGCAUCUCUUCUCUGAUGAUGAGGGCGGGGCAACCUGUCACUCACAUGAGAUCCACCAAUAGCAAACCACAACCAUCCAAUCAAUUCCACACAGACAAAAUCAAGCCCCGCCCAACAUUUGUUCUUGUUUGCAAAGCGUUUCCCUCGAAUAUAUGUCACAAUAGAGAAGAAAAGACUAAUGCAACUUCCCUUUCAUGAUGACUUUAAGCCGAUAUAAUGAAGGAUUUCCAGCAGUCUUUGUUUACUGCAUAAGCUGUCAAUCACUGUGAACACGAGACUCAGUCUUUUAGCUUCUGUAUUAAAUUACAUUUAAUCAUAGCCGUCUGAUUCCCCAGAAGAACACAACCUGAAGCUGCUCAUGGGAAACAUGGACAAGUUUUUUUUGAGCUGUAGAUGCCAUGUAUCAGAAAACAAUAUAUCUAUUAUGCAGCUAUAAAAAAAAAAGUGAAUUUCACACAAAAGCCCUCUGGUUAAACAUCUACUGUAAUAUGAAGGAGUAUUUGCGAUUGUCGAACCCUGACAUCUUGUGUGAAAGCCAUAUUUCAUUUGACGGGAAUGAAAAAAUGAGAUUUGUUCAGUACUGUUGUGUACGGUUUCUGUGACAUCGAAAAUAUCUCUUUGCAAAACAAUGCACACAUAAACCACGGUUUGAAAACAUGAGACAGUAUAACAUAUUGAACAAAUCUCUGACAUAAAAUGAAAUAUAGUGCAACAGUUUCUGUUGCAGGACUGUUGAAGAGUGUGUGUGUGUGUGUGUGUGUGUGUGUGUGUGUGUGUGUGUGUGUGUGUGUGUGUGUGUGUGUGAGAGUACUAAUCAACAAUUAUAUAGAAAAAUAAUUGUCUUUGAAGAAAUUAAUGUUAUAUAAUAUUGUAUAUAUCUAUUUCAACUGUACAUAAAUACAAAAGGAUAAUUUUUUUAUUGAAGUUAAUAUUUUUUUUAAUUGCAAUUUUUGAACACAAUAAACAUACAAGGGCAAUAACAUAUUUUUACAUUAUAUAUACAUCAAAUGAAAUGUUAUUAUUGAAGUUAAUAUUUGUACUGCAGAUUUUUAACAUGUUUAUUCCAUAUAGAAAUGUGAAAGAGCUGCGCUGAAUGAAUGAAGAACAAACUCAGUUUCAUCUUUCACUUUCCUGUCAUUAAUUUUAUCACUACAAUCCAUCAUCUUUUGAUCCAUCAGAACAAUAAACAAAUUGAACCUGA